AGCCAUUUCACAUGGUCUAAGACACCCAUGCAGCAAUGGAUGUUGAGAGCCUCCGGAGUGGUCGGAGUGAGAAAAGUGACAGAUCCCGAAAGUCCAAACGUGUACAGAUGAUCAACCAUGGCACUCUUGGUGGUCAUCAGUUAAUGUCAGACGAACAGUUCAAACUCACCCAACGAAACCAAAUCCCUCUUAGUAAUCAAGGCCAACCUGUAGGAACACCCAUGGAUUCUGCGCUCCGUUCAUACACACCGAACGUUCUCGCCCCGUCCGCUCAACAGCCCUGCUUGCAACCUAGACAGCAAACUCCUUACACUAUGUACAACUGGGCUCCUCCACCUCCCUGUCCUAGUUAUCCGAAUUAUCCACAACCCACACCAUAUACAACAAUGGGAUGGCCUAAUCAGAUGAUGCCCACAGGAUACCCCCAGCAGCUCAGCUCUCCUCCUUUCAAUGGGACUACCUUGCCGGUGUCUCUUCAGCAACAGGGACCGCAACCAAUGCAACAGGUUCAGACGAUGCAACAGCCGACGAACUUCAUCCCCAUAAAUCAACAGCCGACUGUAUUACCAUCUUUGACAAAUCAUGGUUCAACUGCUCAAUCCGGGACGGGUAACACACAAUCCCAACGAUCUGAGUCCUAUCGUGCCGAACAGUUUGAAUCGCAUCUUGGUAAUCAGGAUGAUACGGCUUGGGUAGAAGAUGCUACUGCCGUGACUGGAGCCACUAGUGAGACCGGUUUGAGUGGCGGAGACAAUAUGUCCCGCUUCGGUGCACGAUUUGGACUUGCUGCCUCUCUGGGUCUGCAACAGGGUGGCGGAGGUGGCUAUGGCGUCAGUGGCGCUGCAGCUGCCUUGAUACGCACAGAGGCAGACGACAUCAAUGUCCUCACAUGUUCACGCGUCCUUGGAGUACUCGCCUCCUCCUGUGUGGCAUUGGGUGCCUUGUUGUCACCAGUGUUGAUGCUUCUUCUGCCAUACUUCCCUUUUGCAAUCGGUUGGGGCACAGAAUCCUGCAGGCCCACUUGUGAGGGUCAUCUGGUUGGGAUUUCAGUUAAACUGGCUCUUCUCUCUCUGGCCACAUGGGUGAUCAGUUCUCCCUGUCGUCCGUUAUGUGCCGGUGGUUCUGCGAUUCUUCCUCGCGUUCGGCUGUGUCGUACAUUGUUUCUGUGUCUGGUAUUCGUCGUAUUAUUCGCGUUCUGGCUUUUCUAUACUGUGCGAAUUCUUCAACCACGCGAAAAGGAGUUUUUAUCCAUCGUUUUAUUCGCGGACAGUUUGACAGAUACUUUAUUGUUCUUGCACUAUGCAGGCAUUGGCCUGAUGGAGUUACGGAAAGGGCGACACCGCUACGCUGUCCAUAUUGUCCGAUCACCAGACGGCAUGUCAAAGACAAUGAAGUGCGGUGAGAUGUCACUACAACGGGCUGCGAUUGAAGUACUGCAGUUCUACAUGGUCGAAUUCACCGCAUAUACACCGGGACAAUCAAAUGGUGGUAACGCCGGUGGGGGAAAGCGUGGGCGCCGCGGAGGGGCUUCGAACGACUCAGGACCGGGAACCAAUGGUGGUGGUGGGUCCAAGUACAAGUUUUACGAUGUCGACGGUGGUGGUUUGGAAAAAUCGGCGCCUGGCUACACCAUUGGCGGUGGUCAUUCGAACACCAACAACACUGGGAAUACACCCAGUGCUUCAGCACGUUUGUUCGAAGAACUUGAGCUGGAAAAGCGAACUCGCAAGCGACGGAUGCGUUUGUUGCUGGCCGUGGAAGAGGCGUUUACCCACGUUCGCCGUCUGGCAACGGAGAAUUAUGCUGCUUCUAAUCCUGGGCAGGCUACCGUCCCUCUCCUCCCCCAAAGCAAUGGGCUCGCAUUUAAAGGAAAACAAACCGCCGAGAAAUCACUAGAUCCGUACGAAGCUGCCCAGGCUGUUUUUCCCACCCUCAUCCGACCAUUACAAAAGUACAUGCGUGUCACACGUCAACAGGCGCGCCAUCCGGUGGACAUGGUGAUCGAUCACCUGGCCUUGUGUCUGGCCUACGGGCUAUCCCCACAAGCAUUUCUCGAACGUUUCAACCCGUUGGCAGCCACUCCGCAGAUGGAUGCUGCAGCUGCUGCCACGUCCAUAAUGACAGCCAAGCGCGAUCGAAAGCAGCGCCUAACAAACCAGCAACAGCUGCAGCAACAAACACCAACUGCGGGUGGUGUAGCAGACACUGGUCCAUUAUUGCCCAAACGUGUGCAUCCUGGAGGUCAGCAGUCCUGGAGCAUUGUAGCCGAUCGCGCUCUGUCACGCAGUCUCGCUGAUGGUGCAAUCUUCCAACUUAGACGUGGCAAUGAUAUAUCACUGCUCUGUACCGUUCGCCGUCUACCCCUGAUCCGGUUGAUUGAAGAGGUCCUCGAACCACUCGAAGUAGGCAGGUUCACGUUGAAUACCAACAAUGCGGUAUGAACCUGUCGUCAGGUUUAGUGGAGCCUCAGGCCUUCUCCCUUCCCGUUCACUCAUAGCUAAUCCAGGCUUGUAUCAUUUAACGCUUUUUGGCCGGCCCUCCAUCUAUCUUCGGAAUUUAGUAGACUCAAAUUUUUCCAGUUCUUACCCAUCUGUUUACUCCACUCAAAAAUACAUCCAAAUAUUACUAAAUCUCAUCUUUUUGUACAUCCGACUGGUUCCACCCUGUUUUUUUAUAUAUAUCACACCAUAAUUGCUGCAUAGACAGUCUGUUUAGGUUGGUCAUCUGGGCAUUUUUUGCAAGGUAAUUUCAUGCUUCCCGCAAUUGUUUUCCUAUCAGUGAACCGAUUGUUUCUGCAUUUUUGGGUCCUACGUGACGUCUUGCAUAGACAGUCUGUUUAGGUUGGUCAUCUGGGCAUUUUUUGCAAGGUAAUUUCAUGCUUCCCGCAAUUGUUUUCCUAUCAGUGAACCGAUUGUUUCUGCAUUUUUGGGUCCUACGUGACGUCUGUGCAUUUGCUUCGUUCCUUCCUUCCGACAACGACAGUUUAUGUUUACCGAGUUGCUGUUGUCAUCCGUUCGAUCGUUUUUUCAUGUCUAGCCCCGGUCAGUUUUGCCCCUCUUAUUUGACAACCGGUUGACCGAUCGAUAAAUUUUCACUUCUGGUUGAUCGCCAAUGUCACUCGGAUUUUUAAAUCGUUCCAUCAUUCUUGUGAGUUGUAAUUUCCCCUCCCCCCACACACACACACAGCCGUGUUUAAUUUCAGUUCGAUCUGUAUGUCGAACUGCGUUUAGGUCAGUUGACAGUGUUUCUUCGAAACUAUCCGUGUUUGACACUCAACUUGUUGACUGUUUAACUGCCCGAUGUGCAAUGGUUAAUUUUUAUCCUAAUUUCAUGAGUGC